CACAUUUACUAAAUGUUUUCCUUUUUUUGACAAUCUGUCUCAUAAAAAAGAUUAUUUGAUCUCCUUAAUUUGCAGGCUUGAGUCAACAGUUAUUGAAGAAAUUGUUGGGAAGAUACUUGGUCAAUUGGAUUCUAUACCUCCGUUUGUUUCCGAUGAUCUUGUUGGAAUAGACUCUCGGGUAGAGGAACUGAUGAAUUUAUAUUUAGGAAUAGGGGUGGGUGAUGUUCGCUUUGUAGGGAUCUGUGGUAUGGGUGGAAUUGGUAAAACAACUCUUGCACGUGCAGUUUAUGGAAGAAUUGCUUGUCAAUUUGAAGCUAAUUGCUUUCUUGCCAAUGUUAGAGAAGAAGCGGGAAAACGUGGUCUUGUUGCUUUACAAAAACAACUUCUUUCCAAUACUAUCCAGACAAAAAGCAGUAUUAAUAUAUGGGAUGUUUACAAGGGAGCUAAUGUGAUUAGAAACCGACUAUGUUCUAAAAGAGUUCUUAUCAUUCUUGAUGAUGUGGAUCAAUGUGAACAAUUACGUGCAUUAGUAGAAAAGCGUUGCUGGUUUGGUCGAGGGAGCAGAAUCAUCAUAACAACAAGAGAUAAGCGUGUGUUGAUUGAACACGAUGUGGCUGAAGAUGAUAUAUAUGAGGCUAACAAAUUGAAUCACAAUGAAGCACUCCAAGUCUUUAGUCGGAAAGCCUUCAAAGAAGACCACCCCGCUAAAGAUUUUGUGGAGCUGUCCAAGAAGUUUUUAAAGUACGCUAAAGGCCUUCCUUUAGCCCUUGAAGUUUUGGGUUCAUCCCUGUAUCUUAGAAGUGUAGAUGUAUGGGAAAGUAUGCUAAGUAAACUAAAGGAAAUCCCUGAUGAGAAAAUCCACGAUAAACUUCAAAUAAGUUUUGAUGGACUCCCAGAAGUAGAGAAAAAAAUAUUUUUAGAUAUUGCUUGUUUCUUCAAAUGGGAGGACAAAAAUCGUGUGGAAGAUGUCCUAGAAAGUUGUGGUUACCACCCAAAAAUCGGUAUAGAUAAUCUGAUUAAUAAGUCACUUAUAACCAUCUUCGGAAAAAAAUUGUGGUUGCAUGAUUUGUUAGAAGAAAUGGGUCGGGAGAUUGUUCGGCGUGAAUCUUUUGAAGAGCCUGGUAGACGUAGUAGAUUGUGGUUUUGGGAAGACAUCCUUCAUGUGCUGAAGAAUAAUACAGGAACAGAAAGAGUUGAAGGCAUAGCCCUAGACUCUGCUGAUGCUCCAAAGGAAGGAAUACAAUUGAAUGCUGAAGCCUUCUCGAAGCUACCAAACUUAAGAUUUCUCAAAAUUCGUAAUACUGUGCACCUUUGUCAAGGUCUUACUUAUCUUCCUAACAAGUUGCGGGCUAUUGAUUGGCCUGGAUAUCCUUUAAAGUCUUUGCCGAUGAGUUUCUCACCUGAUAAACUCGUUGAACUCAAUAUGCCUUGUAGCUACAUUAAAGAAAUAUGGAAGGGAAAGAAGAGUUUACCCAAGUUAAAAAUCCUUGACCUUAGUGAUUCUCCAAACUUGAUCAAGACUCCAGACUUUACUGAAGCGCCAAAUCUUGAGAAGCUGAUUCUUUCUGGGUGUUUCAAUCUCAAGAAGUUUCCAGAAAUUGUGGGAAAUAUGAAACGUUUGAAGAAACUUAAAUUGGAUUGUACUGACAUAAAAGAACUUCCAUCAUCAAUUGGGCAUUUAUGUGGCCUUACUAUACUAGAUCUAGGAAACUGCCAGAGACUUUUGACUCUUCCAAGUGUCAUUUGUAAUUUGACCUCUCUCCAAAAUCUCACUCUAUGCGGUUGCUCAAAACUUGAUAAAAUGCCAAAGGACCUUGGGAACUUGAAACGACUGAAGGUACUUGAUGUCGGUAGAACUGCUAUAAGACAAGUACCAUCCUCCAUUCAAAAAUUGAAGAACCUUAAAGAUUUAUGCUUCAGUGGAUGUAAAGGUCUGUUGGUGUAUCCUACUUCAUUCUUAGGUUUAUGCCAUUUGACAACAUUAGAUUUGAGUUAUUGCGAUUUACCGGAUGGAGCAAUUCCCAAUGAUCUCAGCAGCAUGUCAUCGUUGCAAAUUCUAGAUGUACGUGGAAACAAUAUUGAGCACAUACCUGAGAGCAUCUCUCAACUUUCUAAGCUUAAAAUAAUUUUAUUGAGAGAUUGUAGCAGGCUUCGAUCAUUGCCAAAACUUCCACCAAAUGUACUAUAUGUACAGGCUGAUGAUAGUACCUCAUUGAAAACGCUUUGUAGGGAAAUGUUUGGAUGGUAUACAGAAGGACAACACCUCUCGGAAGUCAUUCGUCAUCUUUCCAGACUAAAGACUGAGAUGCGGAAAUCGCAUUAUAGGGAAACUCAUGCACUGAUAUCAGCAGUCAUUCGCCAUCUUUCCAGACUAAAGUCUGAGAUGCGGGUAGUCAUUCGUUAUCUUUCCAGACUUAAGUUUGCGAUGCAGGAAGCACGUUCUGGGGAAACUGAUGCACCGAUUUCAGAAAGAAACCUCGAAGCAAUCAUUCGUCAUCUUUCCAGACUAAACUCUUGGAUGCGGGAAACACGUCCUUGGGAAACUGAUGCACUGAUAUCAGCAGUCAUUCGUCAUCUUUCCAGACUAAAGUCCAAGAUGCCGGAAACACAUUCUACGGAAACUACAUUGAUAUCAGAGGCCAUUCAUGAUCUUUCCACACUAAACUAUGCGGCCUCUGCGGUGCGGGAAAAGCAAUCUAGAGACAAAAUUUCCCAACAACUGGUAUCAAAGCCAAUUUUGGUUCGGGUGGGAGCUAUGGCAGUAGAAGAAGCAAAGAUUGGAAUUGAAAGGUUCAACGGCACAGAUUUUGGGUAUUGGAAGAUGCAGAUUGAAGAUAUACUCUAUGGGAAGGAUCUUCAUCAACCCCUUUUAGGAAAACAGCCUGACGACAUGGAUGAUGACAAGUGGGCUUUGCUUGAUCGCAAGGCCCUAGCAGUUAUCAGGUUAUCAUUGUCAAAAUCAGUAGCGCACAACGUUGUAAAGGAGAAGACCACAGCAGGUCUAAUGACGGCCUUGUCAAGCAUGUAUGAGAAGCCGUCGGCUAACAACAAGGUGCACCUGAUGAAGAAACUGUUUAACUUGAAGAUGGCGGAAGGGGCAUCGGUGGCGCAGCAUCUGAAUGAAUUCAAUACUAUCACAAAUCAAUUGUCUUCCGUAGAGAUUGAUUUUGAUGAUGAGAUCCACGCAUUGAUUGUCCUGGCAUCUUUGCCAAACAGUUGGGAGGCCAUGAGAAUGGCUGUGAGCAGUUCUGCAGGGAAGAGUAAACUCAAGUAUGAGGAUAUUCGGGAUUUGAUUCUGAGUGAGGAGAUGCGCAGAAGGGAUUCUUGCGAAGCCUCAUGUUCUGAUGCUGUCUUAAACCUCGAGACGAGGGGUAGAGGAAACGGUAGAAACUCUGGUCGAGGCAGAUCAAGAUCCAGAAAAGGUAGAAGCGAAUCCGGAUAUGGUAACCAACUAGAAUGUUGGAAUUGUGGCAAGACUGGCCACUUUAAGAAGAACUGCAAGGAACCAAGGAAGAAGACUGUGAAUGACUCUGCAAACGUGGUGACAGAAGAAAUAUAUGAUGAUGUCCUAAUUCUCUCUGUCGACAGUCCUCUUGAUUCUUGGGUCUUGGACUCAGGAGCUUCUUUCCAUACAACCGCAAUUCGUGAAGUUCUCGAAAAUUAUGUUGCCGGAGAUUUCGGGAAGGUGUACUUGGCUGACGGAUCGGCGUUGGAUAUUGUGGGCAUGGGUGAUGUUCGCAUUAGAGUCCACAGUGACUCGGUAUGGAAACUGCAGAAGGUCAGACAUGUUCCGGAACUGAAGAAGAAUUUGAUUUCAGUGGGACAGUUGGAUGAAGAAGGGCAUGCUAUUAGCUUUCACGGUGGUAGGUGA